CGGUGGAACUUCGCUUUUGUCAUUUAUUGAGGCGUGUUCAUAUGUAAAAGUUGUGUGCUUUCCAUUUUUUUUUUUUUUAAAAAACAGCCUUUUUGACGCUUCGGGUAUCUGAAGACUUUGUGUUGUCGUGCUUUGGCUGUGAGGAUGGCUCCUACCAUCCAGACCCAGGCUCGAGAGGGUGGGCACAGAGCCAACUCGCACAGAACUAUUCCAGAAAGGUCUGGGGUGGUCUGUCGGGUGAAAUAUUGCAAUAGCCUCCCAGACAUCCCUUUUGAUCCAAAGUUCAUCACCUAUCCCUUUGAUCAGCACAGGUUUGUGCAGUACAAGGCAACCUCUCUGGAGAAGCAACACAGGCAUGAGCUGCUGACGGAGCCUGACCUGGGGGUCACGAUUGACCUCAUUAACCCUGACACCUACCGGAUAGACCCCAACAUAAUUUUGGACCCAGCUGAUGAAAAAUUACUGGAAGAAGACAUCCAGGCUCCUUCAAGUUCCAAGCGAUCCCAGCAACAUGCCAAGGUUGUGCCGUGGAUGAGAAAGACUGAGUAUAUCUCCACUGAAUUCAACAGAUAUGGGGUGUCCAAUGAGAAAGUUGAAGUCAAGAUUGGAGUCUCAGUCAAACAGCAGUUCACAGAGGAAGAAAUAUAUAAGGACAGGGACAGCCAGAUCGCUGCUAUUGAGAAAACCUUUGAGGAUGCACAGAAACCGGUUACUCACCACUACAGCAAGCCUCGUGUCACUCCAGUGGAGGUUAUGCCUGUCUUCCCUGACUUCAAGAUGUGGAUUAACCCUUGCGCCCAGGUCAUCUUCGACUCGGACCCAGCUCCAAAGGACGUUGCAGGACCCAUCGGUGUGGACAUGAUGUCUCAGGCUAUGAUCAGAGGUAUGAUGGACGAGGAGGGCAACCAGUUUGUGGCCUACUUCCUGCCCCACGAGGAAACCAUGGGCAAGCGUAAGAGGGAUGUCGAGGAGGAGAUCGACUACAUGCCCGAGGAAGUGUAUGAUUAUAAGAUUGCCAGGGAAUACAACUGGAACGUCAAGAACAAGGCCAGCAAGGGAUACGAAGAGAAUUAUUUCUUCAUCUUCAGGGAUGGAGAUGGCGUCUACUACAAUGAACUGGAAACCAGAGUGCGGCUGAGUAAGAGACGAGCCAAGGCAGGCGCGCAGUCUACUUCCAACGCUGUGCUGGUGGUGAAGCACAGAGACAUGAACGAGAAGGAGCUUGAGGCUCAGGAAGCGCGCAAAGCACAGCUGGAGAAUCACGAGCCUGAGGACGAGGAAGAGGAGAUGGAUCUGGACAAAGACAACCGGGAUCCAGAUGACAAGAAGGAGAAAGGCAGCGAGGCCGAACACUCGGACAGCGACAGCGAGCAGGAUGAUGACGAGGAGCAAGGGGGGGAGAGGAAAAAGGAGAAGGGCGACGGGAAGCGAGGGCAGCGGCGCCACUCUCCGAAGGGCAGCGACAGCGAGAGCGGGGACGACCAGCAGGAGCGACUGGCUCGUGACGAAGAGGAGAUCUUUGGGAGCGACGAUGACGACAGCGACAAUGGAGACAGCGACAACGAGGCGGGGGCGCGGAGGAACGAGAGCAGCCAUGAGGAAGGGAGCGGGAGCGAGGAAGAGGAGGGAGGCAGGAGGAGCAGCCGCUCCCGCAGCGCCACCCCGGCCCACAGCAGCAGCGAUCACUCCGAGGCUGAGCAGAAUAGCGGGAGUGGGAGUGGGAGCGAGCAAGGCUCGGACUCGAGCAGCGACAGCGACUGAACGCAGAUUCUCGCCCAAACCUCACGCGCACUCACGUCACAGCUUCUCUGGUCCUGCAGCAACUAUCGGUCUGAUUUCAAACUCAGUGGCUCUUUCAGUCCUUGUCAACCAUGUCUUGGUCAUUUUAAUUGAACCUCCAUGAAAGACCUGGUUAGAACAAGGUUUCUGCACGUUUUUGUGCAUCGGGUUAUGGUUGCCAUUAAGAAAUAUUAAGCUAAAACAAGAUCUUGUCUAAAUGUCACAUUUCCUUGCUUGUGUGCGUUUUAAGAAAAAAAAAAAAUACCUGCUUGUAUCCAUGUGGCAUUUAAUGUUCUUAUAAUAUUGGUGGUUGUAGAAGACUUUUAUUAAUACAGAGGUGUGUAAUAUUGUAGGUAAAACAUCACGAUUAUCUGUACUGGUUACUUGGGGGGGGUUGGAGAAAUGCUGGGAAUGUCCCAUGGUUAAAAGGCUUUCAAUCCAGAUACAUUGUUGCUAGGACUAUUUUCUACUGAAGCUGGAUGUUUCUCUCUUUUUUAUUUUUUUUUUUUAUUAUUUUUUUUUUUUUUACAUGAAGCUUGUUUAAACAACUUUGGUUUACGGCAUGUUUAUUUGUUUACUAUGAAAUGAUUCAAGUUUGUCAUUUUAAACAUGUAAAUAAAGAACCCCCCCUU